GGUAUUCAGUGUCAAUUUCCAGGCAUUAGUUAACGUUUCACAGGUCGUUGCCAAGGGGAUGAUAGAGAGAGGAGAAGGUGGGGCUAUUGUUAACAUCUCAAGCAUGACGACCAAUGUCGCGUUCCCCGAGCACACAUCAUACUGUUCAUCAAAGGGGGCUGUCGAUACACUUACAAGAGUUAUGGCACUUGAACUUGGGCCACAUCAGAUCCGUGUAAAUGCCAUCCAUCCAACUAUUGUGAUGACAGACAUGGGCAGACGAGCCUGGGAAGACCCGAAGAAACACAUGAAAUAUCUCGUUCGAACACCAAUGGGGCAUUUUGCUGAGCCCACGGAUGUUUCGGAUGGAACGGUGUUCUUGCUGAGUGACAUGGCGAAAAUGAUUAACGGCACGAUCUUGCAUAUUGAUGGUGGUCUCACUUCCAACUAACUUAAUGUAUAAUCCAAAAUAGACACUGUUAGAAUUUUAAUUUGCGAGACAUUUAUUCUUUAAGUAAAAUGAUUUAUCAUUUGGACGAAAAUUUUGUCAUAAAAACAUUUAUAAUAGAGUAUAUCACGGUUUUAAUUACAGCCGUGAGUAUAUCUACUGUAUUUGCCAUGUAGCGCUUUAUUUCCGCUAGUUUAAAACUCUUAAAAAAUAUACGAUAUACAAUGUA